ACUAUAUAUAUGAUCAGCCUAUUCUUAAUGUGAACAUUGAGAAGUGGGGAGGUUAAAAUGCAAUGAUUUUGAUCCAAAGUUAUUGUUGACAAAGACAAUUAAAGAAGGAAAAUUCAAAGGAGAGAUGAGUCAAGGACAAGUCAACGACCAUUUCGUCUUCGUCUUCUUCUUUAUACUCAUUAGCUACACGACGUCGACGGUUCGUCAUUCUUCCUCUAAGCUUUAUCUUUCUGAUCUCUGACCUUGUGUCUCUGUGCAUGUGUGUUUAUCUGCUACUGUGUUUUGUCGGUUUGAUCUCCAAAAACCAGACAUGAACAGAGGAAGCUUAUGCCCUAAUCCCAUCUGUCUCCCUCCUCUUGAGCAAUCCAUCUCCAAAUUCUUAACACAGAGUGGAACGUUUAAAGAUGGAGAUCUUCGAGUGAACAAAGAUGGAAUCCAGACCGUGUCUCUGUCCGAACCAGGAGCUCCACCUCCUAUUGAGCCAUUGGACAACCAAUUGAGUUUGGCAGAUUUAGAAGUGAUCAAAGUCAUUGGCAAAGGAAGUAGUGGUAAUGUCCAGUUGGUCAAACACAAACUCACUCAACAGUUUUUCGCUCUUAAGGUCAUUCAAUUGAACACAGAAGAAUCAACAUGUCGGGCGAUUUCUCAGGAGCUGAGAAUAAACUUGAGCUCGCAAUGUCCAUAUCUUGUCUCAUGUUAUCAAUCUUUCUACCACAACGGUCUUGUUUCAAUCAUAUUGGAAUUCAUGGAUGGUGGAUCCCUUGCAGACUUGUUAAAGAAAGUCGGAAAAGUUCCUGAAAACAUGCUAUCUGCCAUCUGCAAGCGAGUUCUUCGAGGUCUUUGUUAUAUUCAUCAUGAGAGGCGAAUCAUUCAUCGGGACUUAAAGCCUUCAAACUUGCUAAUCAAUCAUAGAGGUGAAGUCAAGAUCACAGACUUUGGUGUCAGCAAGAUCUUGACAAGCACAAGUAGUCUUGCUAAUUCUUUCGUGGGCACAUACCCUUAUAUGUCUCCAGAGAGAAUCAGCGGGAGUUUGUACAGUAACAAGAGCGAUAUUUGGAGCUUGGGACUGGUUUUGCUCGAAUGUGCAACGGGUAAAUUCCCGUAUACUCCUCCAGAACACAAGAAAGGAUGGAGUAGCGUGUACGAGCUUGUGGACGCCAUUGUUGAAAACCCGCCUCCUUGUGCACCUUCCAAUCUCUUUUCUCCAGAGUUUUGCUCCUUCAUCUCGCAAUGGUGAGACAGAUUUCGACCAGUUGUCAUGUCAUUUUUGUUGCUAUAACGAGUAGGCAUUUGAAAUGGUGCUUUAACUUGUGUAGUGUACAAAAAGAUCCAAGGGACAGAAAAUCAGCAAAGGAGCUUCUGGUGCGUUAAUCAUAUAAGACUCUGAGUCUUUCACCUUGUACUGUCUUGGACUACUUUUAACGAUCUUUUUUCUGGUUCCAUCUUGGUGAAUAGGAACACAAGUUCGUAAAGAUGUUUGAAGAUUCGGAUACAAAUCUCUCGGCUUACUUCACCGACGCAGGAUCUUUGAUUCCCCCACUUGCUAACUAGAACCGAGUUUGAACAAUCUUUUAACCUCCAAGUUAUUAUUUCAUAUCCACUAGAAGAGAUUUUAUGAAAGAUAAAUUUACGAGAUGUUAUGACUUAAGAGACUUGUCUACAAAAUUUGAUUUAAUGUGUGUACUUUUCACAUCACUAUUAUAAACACAACUAUCAUC